CUUAAACCACAUACUUCAAGAAAAAUGGAAGGUUCAAAGAAUUCAAAUUUUGAGAUGGAAGCAGCAGCUGAAGAAAGUGGAUGGACAACUUAUUUGGAGGAUUUUUCAAUGAAGCAAAGGGAAAAUAAUAGCUCAUGUAAUUCUGAUAGUUUUGGCAGUCCUUCUUUGUUAUCUGAUGCUGCUUCUCAUGCUGCAUGGAAGAUUAAUUGUAAUACAAAUAAUACUAAUCAAAUUCCAAAUGCAUGUUCUCCUCCUCCCAUGGGUGGUUCACCUUUUCUUAAGAGGUUGAAUUUGAAGAAUAAAAGAAACAAGAAAAUUUCUGAUCCUGAUUUGGAAGACACUGCUAGCUCACCUGUCAAUAGUCCAAAGGUAAGCAGUUUUAAGCAGAUGGACACCAAUUACAGAACUGAAAAUAGUAGUAUUGGAUAUUUCCAGGGAAAUGAAGGUGGCUCUGGACAAAUCCAAGAAAUGCAAACAGUUGAGAUAAACAGCACAUCUUUUGAUGAAAAAAACAAUGGGUAUAUAGAACUAAAGAAGAAGGGACUUUGCUUGGUACCUUGGUCCAUGAUAGUCAACCACCAUGGCUGAUGUAAAUCUUCUUUUUUUGUACUUUUCUUUUCAUUUGUUUUUUUUAUGUGUAGGGGGAGAAGGAAGAAGGGGAGUGAAAACAUGGUAUGUGAAUUGUGAAAUGUAAAAAUUGUUCCUACCAUUAUUAUUGUUACAAAAGGAAACUAGAGAAAAGAGGAAGCAAAAUUUGUAAAUAGAGCUUCUCUUUCUCUUGGACACGUUUUAUGGGAAACAGUAAAGUAUUACUAUUGUUUAUAGCUGCCAUUUGAAAUGUUU